UAGUUGUGCAAAUAGUAUGAUAUCGCCCAUGUUUACGUUUUUAGCAUGGAGGUUUGACAGAAAUGUUUAACUUAGUAAACUCUGCUCAAAUAGGCAACGCAAAUGUAUUUUACUUUGACUUAAUCACAGAGUGUUGAGCGGCGAAAUGGAAUCCCCUCCAACUUUUGUGGAAGAGAUCGAGUUCAACGAACUGACAUUUCAUGAGAUUGUCGGUAAAGGAGCAUUUGGGGUUGUGAGUAGAGCGAACUUUAGAGGGACUGAUGUUGCUGUCAAGAUAAUAGAAACAGAAUCUGAAAGGAAGGCCUUCAUUACAGAGCUUAAACAACUUUCCAGGGUCAGCCAUCCCAAUAUCGUCAAGCUGUAUGGAGCAUGUACGAAGUCACCAGUUUGUCUUGUUAUGGAGUAUGCAGAGGGUGGCUCUCUCUACAAUGUGCUACAUGGCUCUGGUCGCCAGCCGAGCUAUACGAGUGCCCAUGCCAUGAGUUGGGCCCUGCAGUGUGCCCGUGGAGUAGCGUACUUACACAACAUGAGACCCAAGGCUCUCAUUCACAGAGAUCUCAAACCACCGAAUCUCUUGUUGAUUUUGGGUGGCACUGUGCUGAAAAUUUGUGAUUUUGGCACGGCCUGUGAUAUCCAGACUCAUAUGACCAACAACAAGGGGAGCGCCGCUUGGAUGGCGCCAGAGGUGUUUGAAGGGUGCAACUACAGCGAGAAGUGUGAUGUGUUCAGCUGGGGUAUCAUUCUGUGGGAGGUGAUCACCAGGCGGAAACCGUUUGACGAGAUCGGUGGGCCAGCAUUCAGGAUCAUGUGGGCUGUUCACAAUGGUAAAAGGCCACCACCGAUAAGGAAUAUACCCAAACCAUUGGAUAUACUCAUGCAGAGGUGCUGGUCCGGGAACCCCACUGAGAGGCCGUCGAUGGCGGAGGUGGACCGAGUGAUGACUCACCUGUUUCAGUUUUUCCGAGGUGCUGAGGAACCCUUGGUGUAUCCGCCAGCCAGUGACUCGGACGAGGAGCUGUACCCUAGCAGUGCUCCUAUGACACCACCAAUCACGUUCUCCAACACACCUCCCAGCACGGUACACUCCCAUUCAGUGUCGCCCCCUACCAGCGAGUCCAGAGCUGUCACCAAUAGUGAUACUGUCAAGUAUGGUGCUGACCGGCCGGACCACGUGCCUCUCUUCCUGCCCAGCAUGGCCAGACAUGCCCCCAUCGUUGUGGAGGAGGAGAGACACAGAGGCCAGCAGAGUGCACCUCCAUCCCUUGCUGCCAGUCGAGAAAGUCUCCAUGACCCCCGAGGGUCAAGGUCAGGGACACCUGUUGACCAUUACAAACGAUAUUCAGCUGAUCUGAGCAAACUGGAUGAAUACGACAUCUCAUCUCAACAGCGGAACCAGGCCAGCAACCCACAGAGAGUGCUAGGUCACCGACGAUCGGGGUCACAUGGCACCCCUGCCAACUUCGCCACAGCUGGCAUCACCUUUAAUCAGACAAACCAAGCAGCACUGGGAAGGUUUGGCUCAUUUGAUGCUCUCCUUCCUCCAGCUCGGCCACCAAAACCUAGUUUCUUGCUCUCUCAAGGCCGAGGACACCGAAGAAUAGGAUCGGACGAGUACACACACAUCACGGGGACAUCCAGUGCAUCCUCCACUCCCCGCACAGCCAGCCCCGCCCGUAUGCCGGCCACAGGGGUGACCCACUGCAGCACCUACCCCGGCCAACUGAACCAGGUGGGGCAGAGCAUGUCCCCACCCACACGCUCCAUCUCACACCAGCCCCCGCAGAGCUCGUCAUGGACGGCGUCAGAAACACCAGGGCAGAUGCCUACAUCAGUGGCUCCUGAUGUAAACAUCCCUGCCUCUGCUAUGAACAUGGUCUAUCUAUCUCUGGACCACCAGUUACAGGUGAGAUCAGACACCACUGGCAAUCCAUCAGUGGAGCGUUGGUUGAAUACAACCCCCUCCGGCUUUGACCCAGACAAAAUACCAGAGUUAUGCCGGCCUCUGGCCCCAUGUGUUGCUAACUCUGACUCUAUGGCCAUGUAUGAACAACACUGCAAGCUGGCUGAACAGUAUGUACAUGUGCAGGCAGAGAUCGCCCUCCUCAUCCAGAGAAAACAUGAGCUCAUCAAAGAGUUCGAACAGGAGGAGAAGGAACAGCAGUCGGUGACGCGGUCGAAGAUGGUGGAGGAGUUCACGCAACUGUCUUCGGAGAAUGAGAGUCUACUGGCUGCUCACAGAAGUCUAAAGCAACAAGUGGAAGAAAUACGUCAAAAUCAAGCCAGAAGAUUUGUACCACCUACUUAGCUGCUCUAAGGAUAUGGAAUGAUCUUGCGUGUGUGUGUGUGUGUGUGCUAACCUGCAGGAAUAUGCAGAAACAGAGAGUAACUUUAAAAGACUAGUGGUGGAUGAAUUGUUCAUGCAUUUGUUUGUUGUAUGAUGUUGAGAAAGUCAGCUGUAACUGACAGCUUUUUGAAGGCUGUUCCUGAGAGACAGUGCAGCCAUUUUGUAGAGCUACCUGUGUGCAUGUUGUCACAGCAACCAGACAGUAUGACAGUGUUGCCGACUGUAGAUGAUGACCUAACAGAAAACCUGACUCUUACAGUGGGAAUUACAUAUACAUAAUGUUGUGUGAUUUCCGCUUGAUGUGAUCUAAACUUUUUCGUGUUGAAUGAUGUCCUUUAUUUCAAGACAUUUGAUAUUUCCUGACAGCUUAGCUCCAUGCCUACCUGAUAUCAACUCCCUCAAAAUCAAAUUUGUAUAAAAUAUUAAAAAAUAUGAGAAUUCUUACUAUUAUCUGUAGGCUUGUCUGUUUGUGACCAUGACCACACUACCAGGCUUGAAGUUCAUCUACCCGGGAUGGUUAACAUCUUCAUCUUUCCUUGUUGUUGUCACUGUAGAUCUUUGUAGGAAUAUCUUAAUUUUGCACACAGAUAGUAUUUUGUCUUGAGAAAUAUCAGCAGAAUGUUACAGGUAAAUCGCUCUGAUGUAAUUUUAUCACCCCCAGAGACAAUGUUCUGUUUUGUGGAUCAUGUGACUGACACUUUGACACUAACUUCUUCAUCUACAACCCAAAUACUUUGUGAUGCUAGGGCUGUAGUAUGAAAGCACCCUAAUGCCAUAUGUAGAAAUAGUUUUACCUCAUUCGAAGGACUUUUGAUCUUUUGGAUACUUUUGGAACAAAAAGGAAACAUUGCUCAAUGACCAAUGUACACUGGUAUAUACCACUUCACUUCAGUAUGAGCAUGUGUUUUACUGAUAAAACACCAUUAAGAGAUCCUCAGCUUGAUCCAAAAGUUGGUUUGCUUGUUGUUUGACCCCUCACUCAGCAAUAUUCCAGCUACAUGACACUGGUCUGUAAAUAAUCGGGUCUGGACCAGACAGUCCAGUGAUUGACAUCAUGAGCAUCGAUCCACACAAUUGGGAUAUGAUCAACCAAGUCACCGAGCCUGACCACCGGAUCCUGUUAGUCGCCUUUAACGGCAAGCAUGGGUUGCUGAAAACCUGAAGACCUAAUCUUCAGGGUGUCAUCAAAAAGACCCAUGUAGGAGAUAAAACGUCCUAAGUAGGAGACCAAUGUAGGAGAUUAAAGACCUUUGUAGGAGUAGUCUUGAAUGUAUUAUAUAGGAGAUAGAAUGUCCUAUGUAGGCAUAUAUUUUUCUGAAGAGGAAAUAAAAAGAAAUUUCCAUGUGGCACCAGGAAACUUCUCUAUUGUUGAUGUUACUGUUGGUAUAGAAGGAUACAUGGAUAUAUUGGAAUAUUGUUAUUUUUAAUAUGGCAUCACAUGAACUAUCUUCUGAUGGUAUGGAGUGCAAGGAAUGAUAAAUCAAAGUCAAGGGGUCCUUGUCAUACACCUGGAGAUAAACAUUACUUGAUUAAAACACUAACACUGGUAUGGACAAGUAAUUAGCUGUCACUGUCAGAUUACUUGACAAAGUGUUCUUGUUUUGGUUGGUCUUUGUCACGCUUUACCUUUGAUGGUGCUACGCAAAUCCUCAACAGGACAGGUUUUACUGUCCACUGUAGGACAUGGAGAAAUGACCAUUGCUGUACCAGAAGCUACCACAUGAACUGUCUUUUAAUAUUCUUUGUUUUAUCAAAGCACAUUCUUAUUUUGCUUAAUUGCAAAACAUCAUAGUGCUAUGGUGAUGUAAAAUGAAAUGUAAAUAAAUGUACAAUAAAUUACUUUUAGAAUU